UCCCAGACUUCUGCGCAUUUCGACAGGCAAAAGAUGGCAGCAGAAAUGGUAAACAACAUGCGAAAAGAGCAUAAAAUAUUACUAUAAUUACUGAAAAAACUGAAAAAGGAAAGUCGUUUCGCUUAUCGAUCGAAGCUCUUGUUGCCAUCUUAUAAUGUCUGCUUGCUCAACAAAAAAGUCCUUGCCCGUGGGGUAUUUACUCGUUUAUUAUACAUCCCUUCUGUUAGUAUUUGAAAAUCAUGUUCAUGAAAGCGAGAACAGCUGUCAAUCAUAUUUUUUAAACUAUGGGUGACUAUAUACAACAAAGUUAGGCCGAGCCACAGACUACGUACGUUUCCGAUAAGAUAUAACAGUUUAAAUAAACCAACAUAUAAACGUAGCCAAAAAUGUACUCAUUGUGUGAAGCACUUCCUCUUUGCUGAUAAAAACAAACAUUUAGAAGGCACGUGCGUUUAUUUAUAUUUCAACAUGUCGAAAAAUGCUGACUAUUUUCAAAAUCUUUCAAAUGCAGAUAAAUCCCACUAUACUGGAAAACUUACACUCGCAGAUGGGACUAUGCUUGCAGAUCCUUACUCGCUGCAGACUAGCCAUUGGAGCGAUGACGUUUUACUACUUCCAGAUAUAACUUAUGUUGAUCUGUAUGUGUAUUUGGUUCACACUCCUAGCGAGUUCAUACACGAGUCGCUUAAAGCACACAAAUCCUUGGAAGCUUACAACUUUUAUCUAUCAGGACACGUACAAGAAGUGUAUUGUCACCACUUAAAAGAAGUAGAUUUCUGUUAUAUAAAAUCGUCUGUGUUACCAAGUCAAAGGCAGGGGAAAACGCAAAAAUUAUAUGACACUUGGAUUAUAAUGCAUAAAACCGGUUGGAUACAUUCGGCAAAUUGUACUUGUGUUGCAGGACUUGGUUCAGCUUGCAGUCAUGUUGCUGCAUUAUUAUUUAAAUUAGUGGCAUGUGCUACAUUAGAGCUGAACAAAACAGCAUGUACUAGUGUUUUAUGCUCUUGGAAAAAGGCAAGAAAAAGAGCUCAUCCUGCACCCUUAAGUAAAAUUGACUUUAGAAGACCAAAAAAGACAGAGACACUGCCAAAAGUUGAUGAUCCUUUUGGAGACACAAUAAAAGGUUUUGUAUCACCUGAUCCAAUAAAAUUUAUUACUGGAAAGGAUCAAGAACAUCUUGAUGAAUUAAGGCAGAUUGCUCCAGAUGCAGUUAUCUUUAAAAGCAUCAGUUUAUGGCUUGACGAUGAUCAAAACCUAAACAGUGACACAGAUAGUGCAAACGAAAAUGAACAAAACAGCCUUCCUGAACCUCUUACAUUUAUUUAUGAGCCAACAGCAAUUAAUGAAACUGAUGCAGAGGUAAAAAAUAGCACUUCAAAGUAUUAGUAACAAAUGGAUGUUGCACAGGGCUGGGCGUAUAACAGCAUCAGUUUCAAAAUCUGCCUUCACAUGUGAUUUAGAACGGACAAAAACAUUAGUGGACACAGUCAUGACUUAUAACAAAAUUUAUUCAAUGAAAGUGUUUUGUUUUUGUUUCUAAGUCCAUGAAUUUCAUUUAAUCUAUUUGCAUAUUCGCUAUUCAAUCCAGUGUAUUUGUUUGAAAUGUUCUGUUUUUCAUCCACCUCAUUUUUUAAAUCCUUUUCUAAGAAUUUAACUUUCUCCUCAAGUUCUUGUACUUUCUGACAUAAUUCUGACAUGGAAGGACCUUGAUCUUCUGGGAGUUUAAAAUCAUUGUCAGAUUCACUUUCAGCUACUAGUUCAGAUGUUAAUUUCCUUCGUUUUGUGAGUCGAGAAUGUCUAUGUUGCUUUUCCAGCUUUCUUUUCUCACUCACUCAUUUUCCACAACGUUCAAAUACUGAGGGUACCCAGUCUGGAUGAGAAGAAUCUUUGGACUUUUUUCCUAAAAAAGCAAACAAUAAAAAAUCUAUAAAAUUUUAAAAAUUCCAGAGAAAAAGUUCAUGUGGGUGAGGGGACACAAAACACAAUAUGGCUCACACUACUUUACAAAAAAACUUUUAAAAAUGAGUGAACAAAGUCACUUACCAGACACAAAAUGUAAAUGACACACUUUGGCAUUCUUUAUUAACUCUUCUGACCAUUCAAUUCUGCCAAUUGCAGUCAGCCAUCUCUCCCUCAACACAGGAUGCUUCUUGUUAGGAAUUUUGUAAAAUCCACCUUCUUCACCCGUCUUCCGACGAUUUGUACAAUUAGGUACGCAACAGCUAUCAGGCAUUGUUAUGAAAAUAAUAGUUUUUAAAGUAUUUAAAAAAUAAAUAUAUCCAAACAGUACAAAAACGUCUCUUCUCUUCAAUAAUCUCUAACAAA